GCGCAGAGCGGAGGGAGGUGGGGGGUGGGGUGCCGGUGCGAAAAUCGAGACCCAGGAUCCGGAUCGGGAGCGGGAGCAGCCAGGCCCGAAACCCGGGGAGAGCGAGGGAGAUGUGAGGCCCCCAGCCCCCUGCUACUCUGCAGCAACCGGCGUGGGAAUGCCAUCGCUAAGCAUGCCAAGCCGACAGCCACAGAGCGCCAAGAGAUGAACACCGACACGACGAAUCCUCCCCCACCACACCAGGAAGGAGCGACAGCGGGACCCACCCAGCCUGCAGGUUGCCACGAUGCUGGGAUGGAAGAUGAGAGACUGAGGAGUGAGAAAGGAGGGGCAGGCCUCGGGGAGACUCCUCCCACUGCCGAGCCCCCCCUCCUGAUCUCUGCCGAGGAAGUGGGAGAAGAGACGGCUGCAGGCCGGUCCCACACCAGCCCGGGCGCUGACGGAGCGGCCGGAAGUCGACACGGCACCGAGGACGCGGGCGGCGGGAAGGACCUCACCGACUCCGGCCGCUCGGCCGGCGACGACGACAGGGCGGACGACUCGGGCGAUCUCCAGCGGGGCCCGGCCUUCCCCGCGGGGCCCGGGGGUCCGGCCCCACCUCCGGCCCCCUCCCACCGCAACGAGGACGUGACGGCCGACAGCUGGCGGGCGCACCGCAAGCACGUCUUCGUGCUGAGCGAGGCGGGGAAGCCCAUCUACUCCCGCUACGGCAACGAGGAGGCCCUCUCCUCCACCAUGGGGGUGAUGAUGGCGCUCGUCUCCUUCGUCCAGGACGGCAACAACGUCAUUCGCUCCAUCCAAUCAGACGACUACAAGGUGGUGUUCAGCCAGCAGGGCCCCCUGGUGCUGGUGUCGGUGUCCCGGAGCCGGCAAUCGGAGGAGCAGCUUUGCCGCGAGCUCCUCUACGUCUACUACCAGAUCAUCAGCAUGCUGACCCAGGUGACCGUCACCCGCAUCUUCGAGCGCAAGAAGAACUACGACCUCCGGCGCCUGCUGGCAGGCUCCGAGAAGAUCCUGGACAACCUCCUGCGCCACAUGGACUCGGACCCCAGCUUCCUGCUGGGCGCUGUGCAGUGCGUCCCCCUGGCCUCCUCCCUCCGCGAGGCGGUCAGCCAGAUCCUGCAGAAGGCCGUCACGCCCAACCUGGUCUUCUCCAUCCUGGUGGCGCGGGGCCAGCUGGUGGCCAUCGUGCAGGAGCGGGCGGUCAUCGAGGACUCGCGCCUGGACCCCGUCGACCUGCACUUGCUCUUCAACCUGCUGGCCGGCUCCUCGUCCUUCCAGGCGGGCGAGGUCUGGACCCCCAUCUGCCUGCCCCGCCUCUACCCGGACAGCUACUUCUACGCGUACAUCUCCUACCUGGACCCGGCCUGCACGCUCUGCCUCUUGCUCAUCUCCACCGACAAGACAGCCUUCUACAGCGUCUCGGCCUGCAAGAGGAAGAUCGAGGAGGGCCUGCGGUCCCAGGCCUUGCUGCAGGCCAUCGAUGCGGCCCUGCACAGCCACGCAGCCUCGGCCUCGCACGUGGGCAUCUCCGACCUCUGGCACUUCAUGUACAAGCCCCUGGACAUCCCGGACAACCACAAGCAGCUCACCCAGUACACCAGCCCUGAGUUCGAAGCCCCAUACUCCACUGAGCAGGAGAAGGAGCAUCUCUUUGACCUCUAUCAGUAUUUGCACAGCAGGAUCCACAGUUCAGCUCGGCCCCUCAAGCUCAUCUACCACGUGGAAGAGAAAGAAACCCUCUUGGCCUGGGUGACUGGUAAAUUCGAACUCUACACUUGCUUCAGUCCCUUGGUGACCAAGGCGACGGCCAUCAACAUCAUCACCAAGCUGCUGCGCUGGCUGAAGAGGGAGGAAGACCAGCUCUUCAUCCGCUCGCCGCCCAAGUACUCGACCACACCCAACCCUGGCCGCAGCUCCAGGGGGGUCAAGGCAGAGCGGCUGGACAGCGUCGAUAAUGGCUUCUUGUCACUGCUGUAGGGAGCCUGGGCCCAUUCCCCACCCCACCCCACCAGGGCCACCUGGAAUGGAGAGACAGUUUUUACUGAGUGAUGGCCCCGCACUGGAUUCGGGGAGAGUGGGUUGGUGGGUGGGGGGGGG